AUGACCGGCUACCUGUCAUCAAGAAAUGUCAAGGCUUGUGAGGGCAGGGUUAAGGGAUAUAUUUUCUGCAGCUCCAGGGCUUGGCAAGUAAAGAUGCCCAGUCAUAUCAAAGGACUGCUGGGUUCCUGCCUUGUCAUCCCUUGCAAAUUUAACUAUCAUCAGUAUCCACCUGAGAGACCGGAUCGUGUUGUUUGGUACCAGUAUGUGAACCGUGGAUAUCCUGUAGUUUACGAUAAACGGUACCCAGAAAAUGUGAUUGACAUAUAUAAACGGCGAACGUAUGCAUUUACUUCAGCAUACUCAAAGACAUGCAGUCUAAAGAUCCAACCAGUGAUGCAGUAUGACCACAGCCAGAAGCUUUAUCCCUGGGUAGAUCCAGAGAAUGUUGGGAGAGGGACCUACCAAUUCUGGGACACAUCCGUGACAAUUGAAGUUGUCGGCUCCAUUUCACCGUUGACUAUCACAUCUACGUCAGAUGAAUUUUUCGAGGGAUAUGCGAGCAAAGUGACCUGCACUGCUACGUACACGUGCUCUAAGCAUAUACCGACUAUCACAUGGAACUAUGGUGGCAUGCCAGUCUCCACUGAUACUAUCAAGAUACCAGGAGCAGCUCUGUGGAAGACUGUAUCCACGCUGACAUUCACAUCAUCAGCCAGCAGCCAUGGAGGUUCUCUGGCCUGCCAAGCACGAUUCACUGGGGGUCUGAUACAGCGAAUUAGGUUCACCCUACGGGUAAAGAGUAAGUGCAAUUAA